UUUAUAAUUGAUGGGUGAUUUACUAAAUUGGGAAAUCAAUGAUCAUAACGAAAUUUAUAUUAUCAAAACAGAAUCUAUGAAGAAAUCCUAUGAAGGGAUAGUAAAAAAGCUAUAAAAGGAAAGAGUUAAAUAUGUCAAAUAAUAAACAUCUAAUGAAGAACAUUAGCAGGAUAGACCAAUUUCAGAUCUCAUUUAAUAGUUUUCCUAACUUAAAUAGGAAUUUAUGAUGAAAUAUCAAACCAAAGCCUCUAUGCAAAGAAGUUAAUUGAAGCUUAAGAAAAGAAUAGAAUUAGUCUAAGAGUAGUUAAAAGAAUAAAGUAAAAUACAACAAUAGUAAUAAUAAUAAUAAUAGUAAUAAAAUUAAUUAAAAAAAAUGACUUGA